ACAAGUUAAAAUCAGAAAAGUGCAUUCCCUAAUAAGAAAGGUAAAGGAAACAUAAAUGCCCAUAUUCCCACGCCAGAAGCUUUCAAUUCAAAGCACUCUCAUCUACCACAUUUACUUCACUUUUUAUUUUAUUUUAUUUUAUUUUUAAACAGCAACAUUAAUAUUUUAUACAUAGAUUGAGUUUCCAAAAACACUAACGAAAUGACUAAUCUCCAAAUUCUAACCGAAGAAAAACCCGCUGAAUCAAUCAAUGAAAAUCAAAUCCCUCUCCUAACUUCAAAUUCAAAUCACGAAAAUGAAGACGAAGCUAAUAACAAGACUGAUACUGAAGUUGAUAAAACCCUCGCGCGUUUGGAACUGUUUUUGAAUAUCUUAGGGUUCAAUCCGCGUUCCGUUUUAUACUCCGUCAUUUGCUGGACGGUUUUCUUCGCACUAGGAGUGGCGGUUCCGUUAACGGCGUUGUGGAUGUGUGACUGUUCGGAGUGCGAGAAAUACGAGUUACGCGGCUGUGAAAUGGUGAUCGUCGCAUUUCAGGCGAGUCUCGCCGCCGUUUCUUUGCUCUGUCUUUCGCACUGUAUGAGGAAGUAUGGACUCCGGAGGUUUCUCUUCGUUGACCGGUAUACUGGAGACGUUGCUUGCUUUCAUCGCGAUUAUGUCAACCAGAUUUCGGGAUCUUUGCGUCUAUUCAUUCUGUGGGUAUUUCCAUGUUUCCUUCUGAAGACGGCGCGAGAAAUCAGUCGCAUUUCAUAUAUACAACAUGGAUCAUGGGGGUUCUCGAUUAUGAUUUUUAUAGCUUUGAUUGUAUCAUGGACAUAUGUUAGUGCAAUCUCUCUAUCAGCCUGUAUUUUGUUUCACUUGGUCUGUAAUUUGCAAGUCGUCCAUUUUGAUGAUUAUGGGAAGCUCUUGGAGAGGGAAAGCGACGUGUUAGUGUUUUUGGAAGAGCAUAUGCGCCUGCGCUAUCAUCUUUCCAAGAUAAGCCAUAGGUUCAGAAUAUAUCUUCUUCUGGAGUUCUUGGUUGUCACUGUUAGCCAAGUUCUGACUCUUUUGCAGGUCACAGGAUAUCGUGAUAGGAUUACCAUCGUAAACGGUGGAGAUUUUGCUGUAUCCACACUUGUUCAGGUGGUUGGUAUCAUUAUUUGUCUUCACGCAGCAACAAGAAUUUCUCAUAGAGCUCAAGGCGUUGUUUCACUUGCAAGCAGGUGGCAUGCCAUAGCAACAUGCACAUCUUCUGAUACGUCACAAAUGAGAAGCUCCGCGAGUGCAGGGAGCCUUGAGGUUGCAAACCAUUUAAACUCAAUACAGAUAGACUAUUCUGAAAGUGAUCUGGAGUCGUUGGAUUUUGGAGGAAUGGCUAUAAAUACCCAAUUGGUUUCUUGUAUGUCCUCACAUCACAAGAGGCAAGCUUUCGUAAUGUACUUGCAGUCAAAUCCAGGAGGAAUCACUAUAUUUGGAUGGACAGUGGACCGGUCUCUUCUCAACACAAUUUUCUUCCUUGAAUUAAGUCUGGUUACAUUUGUUCUGGGUCAGGCGUUGAUCACAUCAUAAAAAAUUACUCGCCAAUACUAACAAACCUGUUAGGUUACCGAGUUUCUAGCAGUGCAGAAAGGAUGGAACAAGAUUUCCUUAUUAAUCGCGACCUUAAGAUUUGUGAUUUCUCAUCAAUGUUCUUCAUCUUCGUUGAUAUUGUGAUUUCUAAUUUGCACAUGAUCCAUUCCAAGCAAACAACUUGCCCCAAUGUGUAGUAGUGCAGUUUUCUACCUGCCAGUACUACAAAUUCUUCAAAGCAGAUAGUCAUUGUUCAGAUUCAUAACCUAAGGCACGCACAAAUGAAGGAUUGGAGCAUUCCUCAAAUCAUACCCCGUAACACUGAAGAUUAAACCUCUGAACAAGUGUAAACUUAUUAGAGCAUUCUCUUGUUGAAUUCAAGUCUUAUUUUUUUGGUGAAGUUAGGAGUGAGAGCAAGAGUGUAUAGUAGCAUAUAUUCAACGAACAAUCUAUAAUUCUGAGGUAAAGUUUAAUCUUAUGUCAACUAAAAGUAAAGAGGAUGUGAGUUCAAAAUUGCAUCAUGCAAAUGCAACUAUCAACUUAUUGAGUCUACAGUUUCUUUAACUAAUAUAUGUACUUCAUUCUAAGCGUU